UGCAAGUCAUUAUUAAUCAAUAUUCAGUCAUCGCUGCAAAACAUUAAAAAUCAUAUCGCGUGUGUUUGGUUUACUUACUUUUUGAGAACAAUCUCUUUUUCUACAAUAGCAAAAAACAUUUCUUUAAGAGUUUUUUAAAAGAUCCAUAAUUUCUUAUAACAAAAGCUCGCUCUAAAACGUUUGUGAAUUCUAUGUGAAAAGUAAUUAAAUAAGGAUCGAAGGAUUAAUCCACUCAGCUACUUGCUUAUGAAAUAUUUUUAUAAUUGAAAUGUAGCGAAAUGCCGUCCUUUGUAAUCGUGAACGUUUUAAUUGGAUUGUUUUUCGCUGGAUGGGGAACUUAUUACUUCUAUAGUAAACAACAAUCUACAACGAUGUCUGAACAGGCUAACAGCAUUUACGAUUUUACCGUAAAAGACACUUAUGGGAACGAUGUUUCUUUAGAGCAAUACAGGGGUCACGUCGUGCUUAUUGUGAAUAUAGCUUCUCAGUGUGGUUUGACUAAAAAUAAUUAUAAGAAAUUAACCGAUUUACGCGAGAAAUAUGGCGAGAAGGGUUUGAAAAUAUUGAAUUUUCCAUGCAAUCAAUUUGGAUCGCAAAUGCCCGAAGAUGAUGGCGAACCCAUGGUCUGUCACUUGCGAGAUGCUAAAGCGGAUAUUGGCGAUGUUUUUCAAAAGAUUGAUGUUAAUGGGGCCAAUGCUGCGCCACUUUAUCAAUAUUUAAAGGCUAAGCAAGGCGGUACACUCGUUAGCGCCAUUAAAUGGAAUUUUACAAAGUUUUUAGUCAACAAAGAAGGCAUACCUAUAAAACGAUAUGCACCCACAACCGAUCCUUUGGAUAUUGCCAAGGACAUUGAAAAACUUUUGUAAAUUUUUAAUUAUUAUGAUAAAUUUAAUUUGUAGUUUCUUUAAUUCAGGUUAAGUUAUUUGCUUCCCAAGUUUUUUCGCUUAAUAAACUCCAUAAAACAUCUUCCUUUGAAUGAUCGAAGGGAAAGGAAUCACGAA